GAGGAUUUCAUCCCUAACCAUUCUCCUAUCCUCCAUCUCCACCGUACCCCGCCAUGGAUGUCCAUAGGGAGGAGAGGCCUCGGAGGUCAUCAGUGCCACAAUUUGGGGGAUGGGAUCAGAAGAAAGGAGGCGGCGAGGAGUGUACAAAUUACACACUAGUUUUUACGCAAGCCAGAGAGGACAGGAAGCAACACAAGAGCGAAUUACCCACUCACCCACCCCCUCCCCCUCCCCCUCAUAUUUCCGCCUUCUCAGCCCCGCCUCCCCACUAUAAACAACAACAUUAUCAACCUCAUCAUCAUCAGAACACUACUUUUGCCGCCAUUUCUGAGGAUGCUUCUCUUAAGAGGAAAAAGUGGUUUCUUUCCUACUUUAGCUGUUUUAGAGGGUGAUUAAUGUAAUGUACAUCCCAACCUGGAAGGAAAUGGAUAACAUGUAUGUAUAUCAUCUAUGACAUGAUCACAGAUGUUCAAAAUGCUUUGUAAUCGGUAGAGAUCACAUCGAGCUGUAUUGUAUGCAGUUUUUAUAAUAUAACAUGAAAUUGGAGUUAAUUUCACAAGAUGUCCUUUGUCUUUUGACUAUUAUUUUUUGGA